AUGAUUGAAGAUAGUGGGAAAAGAGGAAAUACCAUGGCAGAAAGAAGACAGCUGUUUGCAGAGAUGAGGGCUCAAGAUCUGGAUCGCAUCCGACUCUCCACCUACAGAACAGCAUGCAAGCUUCGGUUUGUUCAGAAGAAAUGCAACUUGCACCUGGUGGACAUUUGGAACGUCAUAGAAGCAUUGCGGGAAAAUGCUCUGAACAACCUGGACCCGAACAUAGAACUCAGUGUGGCCCGCUUGGAGGCCGUGCUGUCCACCAUUUUCUACCAGCUCAACAAGCGGAUGCCAACCACUCACCAAAUCCAGGUGGAGCAGUCCAUCAGCCUCCUGCUUAACUUCCUGCUGGCAGCCUUUGACCCGGAAGGCCAUGGUAAAAUUUCAGUAUUUGCUGUCAAAAUGGCUUUAGCCACGUUGUGUGGAGGGAAGAUCAUGGACAAAUUAAGAUAUAUUUUCUCCAUGAUUUCUGACUCCAGCGGGGUGAUGGUUUAUGGACGAUAUGAUCAAUUCCUCCGGGAAGUUCUCAAACUACCCACAGCCGUUUUUGAAGGCCCUUCAUUCGGUUACACAGAGCAGUCAGCAAGGUCCUGUUUCUCUCAACAGAAAAAAGUCACCUUAAAUGGGUUCUUGGACACUCUCAUGUCUGACCCUCCCCCCCAGUGUCUGGUCUGGCUGCCCCUUCUGCAUCGUCUGGCGAAUGUGGAGAAUGUCUUCCAUCCGGUUGAAUGUUCCUACUGCCACAGUGAGAGUAUGAUGGGAUUCCGCUACCGAUGCCAACAGUGUCACAAUUACCAGCUCUGUCAGGACUGCUUCUGGAGGGGACAUGCUGGCGGUUCCCAUAGCAACCAGCACCAAAUGAAAGAGUACACCUCAUGGAAAUCCCCUGCUAAGAAGCUAACUAAUGCAUUAAGCAAGUCUCUGAGCUGCGCUUCCAGCCGUGAGCCCUUGCACCCCAUGUUCCCUGACCAGCCUGAGAAGCCACUCAACUUGGCCCACAUUGUUGACACUUGGCCGCCCAGACCUGUAACCAGCAUGAAUGACACCCUCUUCUCCCACUCUGUCCCCUCCUCAGGAAGUCCUUUUAUUACCAGGAGGUUACCUGAGGGGCUAAGUGCAUCCAGCUCUGGGGCUGAGGAGCAUUCGCUCAUAAAGCUGUACAUCAGUCAGCUUGACCACAGCCCACGCUCUCCUCCCAAGGACAGUGAAGUACAGCAGAACAAACUGCUGGCUAGGGCUGCUCCGGCUUUUCUGAAGGGCAAAGGGAUACAGUACAGCCUGAAUGUGGCAGACAGGCUAGCUGAUGAACAUGUUCUCAUCGGGUUGUAUGUCGACAGGCUCCGGAACAACCCAUCAUGUAUGCUUGAAAGUUCAAACCGGCUUGAUGAAGAGCACAGGCUGAUCGCCAGGUACGCAGCAAGACUGGCGGCAGAGUCCACUUCCUCGCAGCCGGCCCAACAGCGGGGUGCUCCCGACAUCUCCUUCACCAUUGAUGCAAACAAGCAGCAGAGGCAGCUGAUCGCAGAGCUAGAAAACAAGAACAGAGAAAUCUUACAGGAGAUCCAGAGGCUGCGGCUAGAGCACGAACAAGCUUCUCAGCCCACUCCAGAGAAGGCCCAGCAAAACCCCACUCUGCUGGCAGAACUCCGGCUCCUCAGACAGCGCAAGGAUGAGCUGGAACAGAGAAUGUCUGCUCUCCAGGAGAGCCGGAGAGAGCUAAUGGUCCAGUUAGAAGGUCUCAUGAAGCUACUAAAGGAAGAAGAACUGAAGCAGGGAACGCAGGGGGCAGGUUCUCCUCGCUCCUCCCCCAGCCACACCAUCAGCCGGCCCAUCCCCAUGCCGGUGCGCUCCGCGUCCGCCUGCUCCAGCCCGUCGCACACCCCUCAGGACUCCCUCACGGGGGUCGGGGGAGACGUUCAGGAGGCGUUUGCGCAAAGUUCAAGAAGAAAUUUAAGGAAUGACUUACUAGUCGCUGCAGAUUCCAUCACUAACACCAUGUCCUCGCUCGUGAAAGAGCUGAAUUCGGAGGUGGGGAGUGAAACAGAGAGUAACGUGGAUUCUGAAUUUACGCGAACUCAGUUUGAGGAUCUGGUUCCAUCGCCCACCUCGGAAAAGGCUUUUCUAGCACAAAUCCAUGCCCGGAAACCUGGGUACCUCCACGGCAGCACCCCCCCCAGCACCAUGCGCAGUGACGUGGUCUCAGAAGACGGGGACCCCUACGUGCGGCCAGACGAUGAGAACUAUGAAAACGACUCAGUCCGGCAGCUGGAGAAUGAGCUCAAGAUGGAGGAGUACCUGAAACAGAAGUUACAAGAUGAGGCCUACCAGCUCCACGUCAGCACUGAGACCAGACCCAAGCACCCCUGUCCUGUAACCGAGACAAAAUGGCGUGUAUUGUUUUGGGUUUUUGUGGUUUUGGGGGGGUUUCUUUCCUUGGCUCUCCAAAUUUACUUUUGGGGCCUGUUCUAAGUGCAAAUCCAGACGGUUUCACCUGUCCUGUCCGUGAGAUAGUUUUAUCUUGCGGGGGUUGUUUCUUUCUUGUUCCGCAAUAAGUUGCACAUCCAUCUCCACCAGAGAUGUUGGCCUAUUAAUGAGCACUGGUCUAACACAGCCAACCACCCCCAUGGUGCCAUGUGGAGGGAGGGAAGGAGGGAGGUAGGGAGUGGGGGAGGGCAAAAUCUGCUGUAUGAGAUUCAGGAAUCAGUUGCGGUUGGUCAGGACGCAAGUCAGGGUAAGUUCAGUUGGUCAGAGAGAGAUGUGCUGGAGAUGGUGAAAAAUGGAUUUUCGAGUGAUCUCUAUAAGGCAGGGAAGGUUCAUUUGUAAGUAGUAAUGUGAACUGAAUUGCAUAAGAGUGUGGCCUUUGUUGUGAUAUACUAUGUAUUUUCUUAUAUGCAUGAGCCAAACUGUUGCAUCAUAAUUUAGCACUGAUGUCUGCUUUUAUUUUGAUCAUCUUUGUCCGCCCUUAUUGGUUCUUGGCUGUUAACUGUAGAUAGACCUUGUAAAUACGGCGACCUUCGGUUGCUGCAAUCACCUUGGUUUGAUUCCGCGCAAGGAGCCACAAACAAGAACUCCACUGUGUCCUCAGAAGAAAGGGCAUUUUUACUUUUGAACCAAAAAGAGAAAAAAAAUCAGAAAUGUUCCAUCUUGAGGCUAAUUAACUGUAAGACGUUUUUAAUUAUGACUACUGUCAUUUGACACCAUUUGAAAUAACCAAUUCAGAGACACUAAAGAUUUCACAAUAUUCACUGGUAUUGUAACAAAACUACUAUUGUAUGGGUUUUUUUGUAUUGCUGUUAAGUAUUGUUUUGUGUGUGUGUGUGUGCGUGCUGGAACCUCCAGGAGACAUGUUAUAUUUUGAAGUGAUUAAACUAUUUAAUUGUGUGUCUAUAUU